AUCCACUGCAAAAUCACAGUUCACUUCUGCCUGACCUCGAAAGCUAUCGCUCAACAUCUAACACCGCACUGAUCGCGCCGGACGACGGCUGACUUGGUCUCCACCACGAAACAGAGCUAAUCUCCUGGCCUCAAAGCCACCGCCCGACCAUAGCGCCAGCGUGACCGCAUUGCCAUCAUAAGACCCCCGAGCUCGCCGACAUCAUGGAGGCUGCCGCAUUGAGGCAGCAGCCCACGAUGGACACCAACAUGGAGGAUGCAGGCAAAGUCGAGCACAGCCUAGGCGCCCCUGUCGACCCACCGUCAAUACCGUGUCUCGAUGGCUGGAUUGAGUCUCUCAUGCAAUGCAAACAGCUCGCCGAGGACGACGUACGGAGACUGUGCGAAAAGGCGCGCGAAGUGCUGCAAGACGAAAGCAAUGUCCAGCCUGUGAAAUGUCCUGUCACCGUCUGUGGUGACAUUCACGGCCAGUUCCACGACCUCAUGGAGCUGUUCAAGAUUGGAGGGCCCAACCCAGACACAAACUACCUGUUCAUGGGCGAUUACGUCGAUCGUGGAUACUUCUCCGUCGAGACCGUGACUCUCCUCGUCGCGCUCAAGAUCCGCUACCCACAACGCAUCACCAUCCUGCGCGGCAACCACGAGAGUCGACAAAUUACGCAAGUGUACGGCUUCUACGACGAGUGUCUGCGCAAGUACGGCAACGCAAAUGUGUGGAAGUUCUUCACCGACCUUUUCGACUACCUGCCACUCACAGCCUUGAUCGACAACCAGAUCUUCUGUCUGCACGGAGGUCUGUCCCCCAGCAUCGACACGCUCGACAACAUCCGCGCUCUCGACCGCAUUCAAGAAGUGCCACACGAGGGACCAAUGUGCGAUCUCUUGUGGUCUGACCCAGACGACAGAUGUGGAUGGGGAAUCAGUCCGAGAGGAGCAGGAUACACGUUUGGACAGGACAUCAGCGAGGCAUUUAAUCAUAACAACGGCUUGACGCUGGUUGCUAGGGCUCAUCAGCUGGUCAUGGAGGGCUACAACUGGAGUCAGGAUAGGAAUGUGGUUACGAUAUUCUCAGCACCUAAUUACUGCUACCGCUGCGGUAACCAAGCAGCUAUCAUGGAGAUUGACGAGCAUCUCAAGUACACCUUCCUUCAAUUCGAUCCUUGCCCACGCGCCGGAGAACCAAUGGUGUCCCGCAGAACACCAGACUACUUCUUGUAAUGAGGAUACCCCAAAAGUAAGUUGAUACAAGAGCGGCGGCGGCGGCAGUGCAGCAGUAGAGAGAACCGUGUUGUCUUGGGAUCUCAUGGCAGCCACAGCUAUGAUGGAAUGGUAGACAUCUUUCUUCCGUUUUAAAACCUCGUGAGAUUCUUCUUCUCUUGCAAGGAGGGAUGGACCUGGGCCAUGAAGAGCAUGAAUAGAAAAAGAGGACCGGAUCAGUGGGCUUUCAUGCUUCCUUCCUGUAUCAUAGCAGCUCCAGUCCGCGUUGCGCGCGGAUCAGGGAUCAAUCGAGACGUCUUUUCCAUG